UUAGAGUGACGCUAUACAGCUCUUGAGGAAUACCCACAAUGGCAGCUCUGGGAACCCUACUGUGUGCUAUUGUCAUGAUGACUGUGGUACAAUGUAAACCUAUUUGUCUAAAUGUGGGUGAAGAUUCAUCCAAAUCUUCAGAGUCCGACUCAUCGGAGGAGACUUUGGUUCACUCUGAGAACAAAGUACCAGGGGAUGGCGGGCUUGAUAGCGAGCAGGAGGAUGAAGCAUUGGACGUCCUUCACACGUCAGAUGUCGAACCUCCUGCAAACCCAGAGGAUCCACAAACUUCCACAGACAUUGAUGCUUCUCAGACUGCCCUGGGUGCAGACGUUGAUGCUUCUCAGACUGGCCUGGGUGCAGACGUUGAUGCUUCUCAGACUGGCCUGGGUGCAGACGUUGAUGCUUCUCAGACUGCCCUGGGUGCAGACAUUGGUACUUCUCAGACUGGCCUGGGUGCAGACAUUGAUGCUUCUCAGACUGGCCUGGGUGCAGACAUUGAUACUUCUCAGACUGGCCUGGGUCAGACUGCCCUGGGUGCAGACAUUCUUCUGGGUAUCCCCGAUUCAGAUGCUGCGGGGAAUUCUGUUGACACUCAGAUUGUUAUUCUACCAGAACCAGGACCCUUGCUUCAUCCAGAAACUAAUAAAACCCAAAGAACAAGAGAAACGGAAGUCCCUGCAGUUCCCAAUCAUCUCCCUGAGAGUGCCACGCCACCAACUCUAUCUUUCUCCACAGAUAGACCUUUGACGAUCCAAGCUGGAGCCACUGCGACUUGUGCCCCAGUGUGUUUUACCAUCCAAUUCACAACGCCUGAGCCAGCACCAGCGAGGGGAGAUAGCAUCUGACCCAAGCAGAACUCCAGUCAGCUGCAGGCUUGCGGUUGUACGGAAACAUGUUGGCUUGAUAACGGACCACUUUGUCAUCAAAGUACACUUGGAUUUUAUUUAGAUUUGCAUGAGUGGUAAUUCUGUAACAAUGGUGCUUAUGUACUUGACUGCUGUAUGAACAUGAGAAUAUUUGAAUUCUUGAAAAGGGAAAACUAAACAGCUUUCCAGGCUGAAUUAAAAAAAAAAAAAAAAAGCCUUGUGAAGUUAUAUUGAACAGAGGGCUUGCCUUGCAUUACAGUUAACUGAUUCCAGCAGGUGAUUGAUCCUGGAAAUCAGUGACAUCUG